AUGGUCCGAGUGCCACGCGGUUGUCGGGCCUGCGCUGACGCCCAUCUUCAGUGUGACGGCAAAUCCCCCUGUUACCACUGCAAAACUCGCAAUGUGCCUUGUCUAAGUCAGACCCGAACCUUCAAAUUCCGCAACGAAGUACCUGCUCUCCAACAACGUUAUCGCACUUCAAUCUCACCGACCACUUCCACUACCUCUUCUACUUCCACCUCCACCGCGUCGUCGCAACUUGUCCCCCGCCCGCCCCGCGAGAGGGACCCGCCUUCUCCAGGUUCGGCCCGCGGGCGCGACGUGCGAUUCGCCCCGCUGCCGCUGUCAAUGGACGAAUCCGUCUCGCCGUCUCUGACCGUCACUGCGGUCUCCGCUCAGCAAACCCAGAUCUUCACCAAUUACGUCCUCACUGCCUUCCCUUGCUUCUUCAAAUGCACCGAAACUCGCGUGCCCGUCAAUUGGGUCGAAUAUGUCGACCGUCGACGUGGCGCCAUGAACUCAUGCUUCGACUGGGCCAUCCGUGCCUGCACCCUGUCUUAUACCGCCUCCCUCUACGAUAUCCCUGAAUUCAAUGAAGUCGCGCGCUCCUUUUACACCCGCUCUCUUGGCGGUCUCGCCGGCCUUCUUGCCGACGAGUCGACUGCCAAAUCUGACGAAGCCCUCUCCACCGCAAUCGUGCUCGCCGUGUUCGAAAAGCACCACUGCACCGGCCCAGAGGCGUGGAUCCACCACGCCCACGGUAUCCGUGCACUGCUGAAACUCCGCGGCCCCAGGGCCCAUCUGUAUGGCUUCGGUCGUGCCAUGUACAUCGUCUACCGACCGAUCCUUGUCUCCGCUGCCCUCAUCGAGGGCGAAGCUUGCUUUCUCGAGGAGCCUGAAUGGCAAUCCCUCAACGAGCAGAUCUCCGACGACAACGCCAAGCUGCCCGAUUCGUCAUUGUAUACGGAUGUCGUCGACCGCGGCCUGCGCGAGAUCAUAAAGAUCCCCGGUUACGUCAAACGCGUCCGCGAUCUACUCUCCCUGCCCUUGACCAAACGGGCCAAGCUCGAACCCCCCUUGCUGCAAAGCGUACAAGCUACCCGCGCUGCCCUGCGUGGUAUCCACACCGAGUUCGGCGUGUCCAUCUCCAUGCUCCGUGCCGGCCACAGUAAGCCGCGCGGGUUCAUCGGACCAUUGCCACAAUUCUUUUUCGAGGGCUAUUCGGCGCAUGUCACGCGGGGCGUGCACGCCGGACUCACGAUCCUGAAUUACCUCGUCAUCAUGCUGGACCCGAGCCAGCGUGAAACCCUACAGAAAGAAGCUCGUCUGCUAUCCAACCCGCCAUCCCCGGAGAGGGUGGUCAGUCCGGCGUCGGAGUACAGCUCCCCGCAGACCCCGUCCAGCUCGCCGGGGCAUCCCCAGCUCGUUGUGGAGUCGCUGAUCACCCCGGACUAUAAGCAGGGUCCGACGACGGAUUGGAUGGAUCAGUUGACGUCGUCGAUGGGGAUGGACGGCGUGCGGGUGCGUAUUGUUGAUUGA